GGGCGCAUCUACGUGGGGAACCUUCCGACCGACGUGCGCGAGAAGGACCUGGAGGACCUGUUCUACAAGUACGGCCGCAUCCGCGAGAUCGAGCUCAAGAACCGGCACGGCCUCGUGCCCUUUGCCUUCGUGCGCUUCGAAGACCCCCGAGAUGCAGAGGAUGCUAUUUAUGGAAGAAAUGGUUAUGAUUAUGGCCAGUGUCGGCUUCGUGUGGAGUUCCCCAGGACUUAUGGAGGUCGGGGUGGGUGGCCCCGUGGUGGGAGGAAUGGGCCUCCUACAAGAAGAUCUGAUUUCCGAGUUCUUGUUUCAGGACUUCCUCCAUCAGGCAGCUGGCAGGACCUGAAGGAUCACAUGCGAGAAGCUGGGGAUGUCUGUUAUGCUGAUGUGCAGAAGGAUGGAGUGGGGAUGGUCGAGUAUCUCAGAAAAGAAGAUAUGGAAUAUGCCCUGCGUAAACUGGAUGACACCAAAUUCCGCUCUCAUGAGGGUGAAACUUCCUACAUCCGAGUUUAUCCUGAGAGAAGCACCAGCUAUGGCUACUCACGGUCUCGGUCUGGGUCAAGGGGCCGUGACUCUCCAUACCAAAGCAGGGGUUCCCCACACUACUUCUCUCCUUUCAGGCCCUACUGAGACAGGUGAUGGGAAUUUUUUCUUUAUUUUUUAGGUUAACUGAGCUGCUUUGUGCUCAGAAUCUACAUUCCAGAUUGAGGAUUUAGUGUCUUAGGAAAUUUUUUUAAUUUUUUUUUUUUAAAGAAGAAAAAAAAAAACUACAUAAUUUCUACCAGGGCCAUAUUAGCAGUGAAACAUUUUAAACUGCAGAAAUUGUGGUUUUGGUUCAGAAACAAGUUGUAUAUUUUUCACCCCUGAUUAUGGGAAAAAAAUCAGUUCUGUCUUUGUGGGUUGCUCUACUAUGGAGAUCAACAGUUACUGUGACUGAGUCGGCCCAUUCUGUUUAGAAAUAUAUUUUAAACGUUUAGUAAUUGA